CGAACCGAGCGGAAGCGUUGCGGAUUCUAACCUUGCGUAGCGUGCGCGCGCGCGUGUGUGUGUGUGUGGUUGUGUGCACAUUGUGCAACGUGAAUAGUGCAUCUCUUGGCGCAUUAAGAUAAGCCGCGACAGAACCGAACCGGUGCCAAACGGAAGCCCAGCGUCACGUUGCGGCGGGGCGGUUUUUACUUGUGUGCAGCACGUCCAGUGUGAGUUGGGCGAUGGGUGCAUUAGUGCUACUAGCAGCCGUCGUGGCCGGCGUGAUGGCCACCGACACCGUUCCAACCACUCCACCAUCAACCGCAGACACCGCCGUUCUGCCAGCCCUGGCCGCGCCCUUUCUCACGGUGAACCGAUGCGAGGAGGCACCGCUCAACCGGCUGCACGUGCUGGACCCGUCCAAGAUUCCACCGGACUGCCGGUGUCCGCCCGGGUUUCGGUCCCUCCGGGCGGACCCACAUUCCACCCGGGCGCUGUGCGUGGGCGUCAUUGCACCCCGGCCCUGGCAGGACGGGUGUGUGUCGUCCGGCACCGGCAGCGACUACUACGAUCUCGAUGCGAUCGAGCAGGCCGAGGUGCGGCAGCUGCUGGUGCGCAUGAACCUGACCGAGUGUUGGAUCUCCGCCCGCCGGCUACUGCGGUACGGUGGGCUCGUUCGGCGCCUGCCCGGAACGCAGUGGAACGCACCGCUGAAGCUGCCGAGCGGACUGGCCGUGUCGAACUACACGACGGCCGAUCCGGACUGUGCGACGGUGCGCCUUACCGAGCAGCGCACCGUCCUGCUCGCCUACCGGAACUGCUCCACCGUGCUGCCCCGGCUGUGCCUGUACCGGGAGGCGGCCAUGCUGCGGCUGCACUGCGGCACGCACGAGUACACCACGCGGUACGCCAGCCACCAGCGCUACUGCUUCAACAUACGCCGGAGCGGCAGCAGGCAGCCCGGCCCGACCGAAAGCUUCACCAUCGACAGCAAUCGCAAGCGGCAGCUGCUGUUCGAGCUGCUGUACGCCUCGCGGGAGUGCAACAACAGCGCGAACGUGAUCUACGCCGAUCAGCGGCCGGGCACGACGCACCACGCGCACAAGCGAGACGGUGGGGCCGCCCUCGUACCGAUCGUGUCGGCCGAACCGAGCGGGCACGAGUGCGCCUCCCACCAGCGGUUGCAGAUCGAUCGGGACAGUCUGGUCCCAGCAGCAGAGGGCGCUGCCCCGGGCAUGUAUCUGUACUUUGACCGGGCGCACCACAAGCUGCUGCUGACCGUGUACGGCGACCGGUGGUACUGGCGGGAGGAUCCGGCCGCCAGCGGGUUCGUCUGCUUCGCCAACGCGAACGACGAGCAGCUGGUCCGGCCGAGGGUGAAGAAGCUACGGUGGCGUGGGCAGACCCCCAGCGACGACCACACGAACCGGACGAUGUACGAGGUGAAGCUGACGGGCGAUGACGGUCCGCCCCGCCCGUACUGGUGCGAGGCGCAUCUGGUGCCGAACUUUGCGCUUCUCCAAACCGACACGGUGCUGGCACGGCGGAAAGCAAGCUGCCGGCACUACUUUGCCGCCACGAUCGAGCUGCUGCUCGAGCGGUCCGGCAGCAGGGUCGCCGCCGAAUCGCCGGGCGCGUGGCGCCUGAAGGACUACGACGGCCUGGUGGAGGACCACCUGAAGGAGCGGCGCAAACGGCUGCCCGAGCUGAAGCACGUGUUUGCCGCCAUCAAAACGGUGCACGUGAAGCGGCUGGAGGACUUUUGGAUUUCGGCGAACAGCGACUGGUACACCGUACGGCUGCUGGUGCACAUCGCGACCAAGUGUGCGAGGAAGUGGGACAAGGCGGACAGGCUACCCGAGCCGGAGCGCAACGAAAUUGGAUUGCCCGCCCAAUACCUGGACCACUACCAGACAUACAAGAGCCUAACGGCAGGACUCGAAUCACUCAAUAGCGAGCGCGUUCGCUUUCUCGGUGUAAACAGCACCGAGUACUGUCUGCCCGAAAGCCUUCACCUAGCCCCGGGCAAGAAUAUCUGGUGGCCUGCCCGGCUGGGAGAAUCGGUUGCACCCCGAAAUCUCUGCCUGAUCGAGCAGAGCGGCCUGCCGGUGACGCGCCGCUGCCUGGGCGACUAUCUGUACGGCUGUGCCUGGGACUGGAAUCCGGGCAGUGAGCUGUGCACCGGGCAGCAUCGGCCCACGACCAGCGCGCUCUACCAGUACAGCGUCACUUCGCUGAACCACAGCGUGCUCGGCGAGGUGCUGACCAGGGCCGGUGAGAUACUGGCCGUCCCCGAGCAGGUCAUUCCCGCCGAUCUGUUCUAUCUAUCCAAGACACUCGAGAACGUGCCGCCAGUGCUCGAACAGUCGGAGACGGGAUCUCCGGACGAGGUGCGCCGUGCUUACUUCUGCAACGUCAGCACCAUCCUGAGCCGGGUAAUGUACCUGAACGAGACGACAGUGGUGCUAUCGCAGCGGGCACUGAACACUACCAACAUUUUGCUGGACGCGACCGAAACCAUCGUUAACCGGCUGGCGGUCGCUAACGAUACGCGCGCGAUGAUGCUGGCGGGCGAUCAGUACGAUUGUCGAGAUCGGGGCGGUGCGAUACAGCGGCACGUACAGCGGCACGACGGGACGGUACUGUUUCGUACCGCGCGGUUGAUUGUGUUGAUAGCAGACCCGACGGUCGCGAACGUGACCGGGUUGGCUCUGUUUCGGGCGAGAAACCUGAGCCUAGAGGACCUUUCGGAUGCUGCAGAGAACAGUGAGAGCGAGGAAGACUUUAGCGGAUAUACGCUGCGUUACCUCUACAUGAAUCAAUCCCUGGAAGAUCUGCUCGCCGAAAGUGAUCUGGAAAUAGGUUCGUUCAUUCCACAACACGUAAUCGAGGGCCUGGAUGAGCUGAACACCGCCUUCCGAGCUCCAGACGACGAAGAGCAAGACCCGGACGCCCCAGACGAAAGCACAACAACACUGCCCAGCCCGGGUGAACACCCCGACCCGCCAGUAUCGCCAGCACCCCCUCCUCUCCGCGUCAUCAUCACCAUCUACUACAACGAUCACGCCUUUCGGGAGACGAAAAACGGCACGAUCGCCCGGCCGAACUCGAAAAUCAUCAGCGUCAGCCUGCCCGGGUACGGUUCGCGCAUGCCGGACGAGAUACCGAUCUACACGCGGGAGAUGGCCCGGGAACUCCCCAGCCGCUGCGGCUACUGGUCGUUCGAGGCGGACAAUGCGACCGAAUUUGGCCACUGGUCGUACGACGAGUGCCGGCUGCUGAACGCGUCCGACCGCGGCGUCUCGCUGUGCGGCUGCUUCCACCUUACCUCCUUCUCCCGCCUCACGAAGGACAUCCAGAUGGUGGAGACGGUGGGCGUGUCGCAGAAGCUGAUCGCCGACCAGGGUACGCUCGCGCUGGACAUCAUCACCGCGAUCGGCUGCUCGAUGUCGCUGCUGGGCGUGAUGGGCAUCUUCGCGACGGCCGCCCUCUUCCCGAGCUGGCGGGUGAAGGCGAGCAGCAAGAUACUGCUCCAGCUGUCCUGCGCGAUCGCGAUCGAGAUGAUUAUCAUCUUUCUCGAGGGCCCGGACAUCGACCAGAACCGGAUCAGCCAGAUCGAGUGCGCACUGCUCGGGGGGAUCUUCCACUACAUCAUACUGGUGACGUUCAUGUGGAUGCUGAUCACCGCCUACCUGCAGUUCAUGCGCUACGUGAAGGUGCUGGGGCAGCUGCGGCCGGCCCACUUCAUCCUGAAGGCGACGGUUUGCUGCUGGGGUGGCCCACUACUGAUCGUCGCCCUGUUUCUCAGCCUCGACUACACGCUCUACCUGAAGCGGGACAACCUGUCCGACAUCUGCUACCCGCACGGCCGGGCCCUCUGGUACGGGUUGCUGCUGCCGAUCGGUGCCAUCAUCUUCGUCAACCUCGUCAGCUUCGUGAUCGUACUGUACCACAUCUGCACCAUACCGAGCAACCUGACCAAGUCGGCGGACCAUGCGAUGACGCUGGCCCAGCUGCGACUGUCCGUGUUUCUGUUCUUCCUGCUCGGGCUGCCGUGGAUCUUCGGCAUGCUGACCACCGGCACGGAGGAGAAGCUGUUCGCCUACCUGUUCUGUCUGACCGCGCCGGUGCAGGGGUUCGUGCUGUUCGUGUACUUCGUCGUGAUGGACCCGUCCGCCCGCCGCUUCUGGUGCCGAAAGUUGCAACGGCUGCCGUGCUGCCGGGCGCGCCCCACCAAAGACGCGGACGCUGACCAGACGACGACCUCCGCCAACACCUCCUUCAAUACGUAUCUGUGAGCGGAACGGGACAUUCCGCAAGCCCCUUUUUUGAUAGUAGCGACACUCGAUUCCAUUCCAGUGAGUCAGUACGUCAUUUACAUUUACAUAACAAUCCCCCAAAAGCCCCACCUUCUUCGCACCACGUCGGUGUGGCGUUGCUAGGAGUGGACAGUUAAAGUUCGUUGCUUACCUGCUCAGACCAAACUACAACCCGAGGUCGUAACGGAACUCUCGAGGCUGCCACCAAUCGAAGUGGUUCCCUUCUGGAUCAGGACAAAAACAAACAAACAAACAAAAAUCACCAUAAAACUGACACACACACACAGAGGGGGGUUUUCCUUUGGGCGUCCUUUCGUCUUAAGAUCAACCGAACGACUAAAAGUUGCGACCGGUCACGCACAGGCUGAUGGCCGCGUGUACCAGGCGCUCGCGCGCUCGCAGGGAGUUCCGCGCGUUCCGCCUAUUAACGUGCUUACGGGGAGGAGCAGAGCGCAAGCGAGUGUGCGCGCGCGAAAGUAAGAAUACCAUUAUCCAAUCAAGACGCCACGGCGACCACUUGAGGAAGGAUGCCGAAAUGGAUUGGUCGCAUUAUUCAAUUUAGCGGAAGUGUACGGGAAUUGUUGUUGUGGUGUUGUGCGUCUUCGUUUUGCACUACCAGAAACGCUAGAGAAGAGGAGGUCGUACCCCCGAUUUCUGCCCACCUCCCCGAUCAUCCCAAGGGCCAUUCGCGCAUGUACUCGCGCUCAAUUGCACUGUGCGUUGUAUGCUGUGCGUGUGUGUGUGGUUUUGUAUGCUCAUUAACUCAACCAUCUCCCGACCGGUAUGUAUCCGGCGAGCCCUAGAAGAGUUGUCGCCGGGAUUGAUUUGGCCGGUGGUGGAAAAUUUAAUACAACCAUCAACGUCAGCGUGUCAUCGCGGGUCGUGGGCCCUAACCAGCGUUGAUGCAAUCGUACGUCAGCUACGGGAAGGAACGGUUUUAUCUUGACUGAUUUUUUUUCAUUUCCCCUCCACCCUACUACUGCUUACCUUGCUUGCCUCAAAGUUUGCACACCCAAGAUCGAUCGAACGGGUUGGCAACGAUUUCGGGAUACAGGAUAUCAACGUCAAUGGCUGCCGUGAUGCAUUUAUUAGACGACCCUGGAACACUGGGGCCGCCGCUGGCUCUACUAGUUGGAUGCUUAAUACAUUAAACAUGUCAGAACCGUUUACCCACUCUGCCCUUAUUCCAUUAGCAAAGCAAACAAGUUAAACCUGGCCAGACAAACAGCAGCAACAACACAGCAAACGAUCCAACGAGGGGCAACAACGACGGAGGAAAAGGAGAGGGGGGGGGGGGGGGAAGGGGCACAAUCACAAUUAGUAACUACCUGCCUGCUGGUCAAUAAAUUAGGAAUUGGAAGCAAACGGAUCAACAGACGGGUAGUGCGCUGCCAUUUAGGGAGAUAGAGCGAGAUAGUGAGACACAGCUACAGAGAAAAACUUCUUCUUCUACUAUCAAUAUUUACCAGCAAACAGAAUGGAACACACGUGCAGGUGAUGAGGCAGUUACGAUUGUGCCGGAAACGGCACGCACGAAGGCGUCGCUCGUUGCUGCCGUAGAGUGUAGAGAGGGGUUUGAUAUUAUUCAAGAAAAACGGUAUCUGUUGAGAAGCCCCAUUUAUUUGAAAAAUGAUUGCUUAAAUUAUGUCUACAGCAACUACGCUACAUUUACACAAGUUAAUUUACGCCCAGAACUUAGCAAUUCCGUAGACCCAGCACACAUCAAAAGUAUUGGUAAAAAUGAUGCUUAAAACUAGGAAUAUUUUACCUGGAGAGAUAUAGAUGAAAUCUCGGGCUGACAAGGACUGAUUGAUGCGAGUAUUCUAGAAUCAAGUUUGUGGAACAUAUGAAAAUAUCGUUACAUAUUUCAAUAUAUAAAAUUAACAAAAAGAAAGUAAAUACAUAUAUUUAGAAUAAACACAUCUAAAA